CAGCGAUGGACGUUUGUGUGGGAAAGGAGAAUAUAGAAUAUAGAAUAUAGAAUAUGGAAUUUUUGGCAGUUGGCAGAGCGCGUUCGUAGGAAAGCAAGGCAAUACAAAACGUUGAUGUUGAGUGUUGAGACGCGCAUUUGGUUUUGGCAAUGCGUUGAAGAAGAAAAAAGGAAUCGAUUAAGAAUGCCCGAGAUGGAUGAGCGCGUGGUGAUGCAGCAACCUCUGUCUGCCAUAGCAGAGGCGUUUGAGGAACUCUCUAAGAGGAACGACGCUCACAGCAUUCGCUUGGACACCUUCUGCGAGGCCGCCUCUCUCGUCUCCGUUCUCUUCCGUUGUCUCGGCCUCGCUUUCAAAUUCGCUGAAUUGGAAUACGUUGCCAAGCUACAUGGACUAUUGGAAGCAUCGAAGACAUGUCCCACUCUACAGGAUAUUCUUAACCUUGAUGUCGCCAGUGACACAGUGAAAACAUCAGGAAGCUCUUCACGUAAUCUGCGUAGAGUUCGGCAGGGUCUUGAUCUCGUCAGAGCUAUAUUCGAACAGCUCUUGUCAACUGAUGAUAAUUCUCUGAAAGAAGUGGCUACAGUAGCUUAUGGGCAGGUUUGUGCACCAUAUCACACAUGGGCAGUAAGAACAGCUGUGUAUGCUGGGAUGUAUACACUUCCAACGAGAGAUCAACUUUUGAUGAAGCUCAAUGAAACAGAGCAAUCAGCCGAGAAGAAGAUGAGAAGGUACAUUGCUGCCUCACUUCCAAUUAUAGAAUACAUCGAUAAACUGUACCUUUCUCGAAAUAUUACGUUGGACUGGUGAAUUUAUACAAAAGAAAAGAAGAAAGUCCAAGAAGAUGAGUGCCCUUUCUGUUUGUUAGGAGGCAGUGCUGUGGCCUCAUUGUCUAUCGGCAACCUUAGUACACAUGCGUCGAGUUUUGUGGUAUAACUUGUAUUAUAUAUAAGAUGUAAUUAUGUUAGUUUCUCAACGGCUCUUGGCCUUUUAGGGAGAUGCACAAAACAAACAAAUAGAUUUGUACUAAAAUGCAUGUGGAAUUUUCAGUUGCAUUGGUUUAUAAUUUUUUAUUUCUGUAUAUACAUACAUAUACGUUAUUUGUUUUGGAGGACAGUAACCGUGAUAUUUGAAUCCUGUGAAAGUACUAGAUGCAAGGCAUUCCGUUCCGUGCAUCGUUAA